AUGAUAAGGCACUAUUCUUCGUCAGAAACUCCUGUUCUUGCUAUUGCUAUCUAUAACAAGAUGAGGGUUAGUGAAAAUGUGCAAGUAGAUAACUACACUUUUCCUUUCGUUUUCAGAGCUUGUGCUACUCUUUUAGCCAAUGAGAAAGGUAGGGAGGUUCAUGGAAUGGUUAUUAGAGUUCGGUAUGACUGGGAUAAGUUUGUUCGUAGUUCUUUGCUAAAUUUCUAUACUGUUUCUGGGGAAAUUAACGAUGCACGAAGAGUAUUUGAUGAAUCUGAGAUAAAAGAUGUUGUUCUCUGGAAUGCAAUUAUCAUGGGUUAUUCUCGAGCAGGGAGGGACUUGGAUGCCUUUAUGAUUUUCAAGGACAUGAUUGGAUUGAGAGAUAUUAGACCCAAUGAAGGGACAAUAUUGGGGUUGAUCCUGGCUUGUUUGGGGCUGCCUUAA